UAUGCAGGAGCACAAGUCGUUUCUCAUAAGGGAUCUCCUGGGGGAUGUCCUGUCCGAGAGGGUGCACGAAGAUUCGGAGGACGAUUCGGCGGUUCAUUCCGACUCCGAGGACACGAUCGACCCUGGAAGCAGUCCCUGCACCAGACUAGAGAGUCCUCCGCCAGCUCUGUCACCGUCUCCGGCGCCAGCAACUUCCGGCAAGUCCUGCGGCACAACCACCGGUCCUCCCAGCGGCAGGAAGCCCAGAAGAAGGCGAACAGCGUUUACACACGCUCAACUGGCUUACCUGGAGCGAAAGUUUCGGUGUCAGAAGUAUCUGAGCGUGGCGGACCGGAGCGACGUAGCCGACGCGCUGUCGCUCUCGGAGACCCAGGUGAAAACUUGGUACCAGAACAGAAGAACGAAAUGGAAGCGUCAGAACCAAUUACGACUGGAACAGCUCCGACAUCAAGCGACGGUGGAAAAGGAGCUGCUCGUCCGAGGAGUGGGUCUUCACCAUGGCAGCAUAGACGCUUACUGUCCACCUUACAACGCUCAAACCCAGACCCAGAGUCAUCCGCCGCCACCGCCACCGCCUCCGGCGCCGUCGACAGCCUCCACGGCGGCGUUCCUCUCGACGGCGGCAGCCCUCUUCCGAAACGUCACUUACGUUCACGGAUGUCCUCUCUAACCCGGCCUAACGCCGCGGUUUCAGGAUCGUUUCUGCUUUCCGGCCGCAGGC